ACUGAACUUAACCCAGUCAGAUUAUAAUCGUCUUUAUAUAUGUUUUGUUCUAAAUGUAGCAUACGACUCUAAAUUUAUCAACGGUAAGAUGCUAUUCCGUCUGCUAAUGACAUGCUACUGACUCAGGAGAGAGAGAGUUACUGCGACAUGAUUUAAUAUCUUCAAUUUCUAGUGGCAUAAUGGCAGUUUUUGAGAACUGUACUGUAGUAUUAGAUGUGAAGAAUUUGCCUUUUAAAGAGAAGAGUAAGUUGAGGUCAGCACUUCUGGAUAAUGGAGGCAACAUCUCCUAUGUCGUCAACAAAGAGUGUUCAUUUGUAGUCACAAGCAGUCUGGAUGACCUGAGCAGUAACCGACAGCGCAGCAUUCAGAAGCACAACAUCCCAGUGGUUGACUUGCAGUAUGUGCAGAGUUGUCUGGAGAAAGGACAUCUUCUCCCUUUGACAGAGCAUAGCUUGGCCCCACAGCUGUCAAAUCACAGAUCUGAACCCCUCCCCAAUCCAGAGAUAAAAGAGUCGACCCAGCUAUCAGGGAAGUUCAAAGGUCAGACUCAACUCAGGAGCACUGAGACUGAGAUUCUUGAAAAGGGUGGAUCCCAUCUUGGCAAGUUCAGAGUUUACAAAGGAAGUUACCAUGACCUGCCUGAAUUUCCCUCUCAUUUUCAAGUGGCCAAGUAUUCCAUUUUUGACAAUGUCAAACCCAAGACUUUGUCAGUUUUGGAGCUACAGAGUGCCAAAGGAAGUGCUGGCCAGCAGUAUCGUGUAUUGUGUUCCAUGUUGCGUGAAACAGAGACAGCAGUGGUGCAGGACAAGCUUGUGUAUUGUGUGACCUCUGAGGAUGCUGUGGAAGCCUAUCAGAUGCUGAUGAAGGAGAUGGAGGCUCAGGGUUUCAAACAGAUACACACACUUCCUCCUGAGGUUGAGCGCUUGGCAUCCUACAGCUUGCAGCAGCUUCUGUUGGAGGAGAAGCUGAACUGCAGUACAUUAUCACAGGACGUGGGUGUCUUUGUGGAGCUGGUCUGGACGGAAGCUCUUGGUUCCCUUAGCAACAUCCUGACGGUCCCUGUCUCCAGCAUCAGCCUUAAUGAUGUGAGUCGGGUGGAGGGAUUGCUGCUGCAGGCACAAAAAACUCAAAAAGAGGCUGAAGUCAAGGCCCUGCUAGAGGAAGUCGACACUCUUCUACCCCUCAGAAUGAUCGACCCUCCUUCCAAACAGAAACUUGUGUCUCAGAAACUAGACCUUUGUCAGCUGAUCAGAGAUAUUGUGAAUGUGAGUGAAGCCACUCUGAGAAGCCCCUCACCCUCCUCUCUGGGAAAGUAUCGUGCUUUGAGAUGCAGCAUUGAAGUUGUUCCAUCACAAAACCCUGAGUUUCAUGUUGUUUCUCAACUACUUAAGGACAGGCCUGUUCAGAUUCAGCAGAUAUUGCGCGUAAACAGAGGGGUGGAGCUUCAAAUGUUUAAGGGGGAGCUAGGCAAUAUUAAGCUCCUCCUCCACUCUUCUAGUCCCAGAAGUUUUGUUGGAAUACUGUCACGGGGUCUGCUGCUGCCCAGAGUUGGAGUCGAACAGCAUGGAAUUGAGAGGACAGAUAUUGGGAAUCUUGGAGGAGGCAUCUACUUCAGUGACUCUCUAUGGACUAGUUUGAAGUACUCCAAGCCCAGUGUAACAGAUGGCUCUCGGCUGCUGUUGGUGUGUGAGGUGGCUUUGGGCCAGUGCAAGAAACUUCUAAAAAGAGACACCACUUUGACUUCUGCCCCUGAGGGGUACAGCAGUGUACAUGGAGUCUGCCGAACCCCAAAAACAGCUUCUGAAUUUGAGGAUGAUGAGUAUGUAGUAUAUAACCAAGACCAGAUUAAAUUGAAGUAUGUGGUACAGUACACUCUGGAGGAGGACCAGUUAAAAGUUUUCCAGCCUCAUGUGGACACCUCUUUGGAGCUCACACAGCCCACUGACACAACCUCUGACUUCUUGUCCAGUGAUGACAGUGGGAGUUUGGAGUGUACUAAGAAUCCUCUAGAGGAGAUGACUGCAGGGUUGCUGGACAGCAGUGGUCAGAAACUUCCUCUACAGGCUGUCCAUGUAAGAUGCAAGCUCAUGGACCUACUUUGUCAGGUCAUCAUUUUUCAGACUUACACAAAUCAGAGUGCUGUUCCUAUUGAAGCAAAGUAUGUCUUUCCACUGGAGGAGACGGCAGCAGUGUGUGGAUUUGAAGCCUUUAUCAAUGGAAAGCACGUCAUUGGAAAGGUAAAAGAGAAAGAGCAGGCUCGUAAGGAGUACAAACAAGCAAUAGAGAAAGGCCAUGGAGCCUAUUUAAUGGACCAGGAUGCACCUGAUGUAUUUACUAUCAGUGUGGGGAACCUUCCUCCUGGAGCCACAGUUUUGAUCAAGGUGACCUUCAUCACUGAGCUGGUGGUGAGAGCAGGAUCCAUAAUCUUCUCGCUGCCUGGCAGCGUUGCACCAUGGCAACAGAGCAAUGCCAUUAAUCAGAGAACUCAGGGAACUGUUGAGAAGGUUUGUGUGACAGAGUUUCAGUCAGAAGGGGAGUUUUCUCUGUGUAUGUCCAUUGAAAUGCCUUAUGAGAUCAUAUGUUUAAGAUCUUCACACCGCAUCAAAACCAAGAUGACAGACUGUAAGGCAGUGGUCAGUACUUUGCCAGGACAGACUCUUGGACCUGAAGGGCUCCAGGUGUCCUUCAGUCUCUCUAAGAUCCACAUGCCCAGGAUGUGGGUGGAGAAUCAUCCAGAACAUGAUAGUCAGGCCUGCAUGUUGGUGUUUUAUCCAGACUUUAAGUCAAGUGGGGUGUCCAGCUCUGGAGAUCUGUGCAGUGUGAGUGAUGUUGUCAUUUUGCUGGACUCGUCCGAGUCUAUGCGGGGAGACACCAUGAUGAAUGCUCGCAGGAUUGCCCUUCAAGUCCUCAACUCUCUCAACCGCUCUCUCAAGAUCAACAUAAUCUCUUUUGGCACUGAUUACAAAGCAGCUUUUUCUGCACCAGUGCCCUUAAUUGAGACAUUUGAAUCAGCCAGACAAUUCAUUAUGUUCUCUAGUGUUGCUGGCGGUAGCACCGAGCUGUGGAGGCCUUUCCGUAGCCUGAGUCUGCUGCCUCCUUCACAGGGUGUGAGGAAUAUCCUGCUGCUGUCUGAUGGACAUGUUCAGAAUCAGGAUUUGACCCUACAGCUGGUCCGAGAGAACUCCUGCCACACACGCCUCUUCACCUGCGGCCUCAGUUUGACAGCUAAUCGUCAUAUGCUCAGAGCUUUGGCUCAAGCAGGUGGUGGAACAUAUGAAUUUUUUGACACGAAGAUGAAACACACUUGGGCCGAGAAGGUGCGCGCUCAGGUUCAGCAUAUGGAGUCUCCAGGCUGCAGAUCAGUAGCAGUGAAAUGGCAACAGUUUAAUCCCACAGCGCCCCCUCCUGUUCAGGCUCCUUCACAGCUGCAUGCUCUCUUCAGUGACUGUCACACACUGGUAUAUGGCUUUGUGCCACAUUGCACUCAGGCCACACUGUUUGGAAAUCUGAGUGGACAAGAGAUCAAAACAAUGGUGUCCACCACAGAACUACAAAAGUCAAAAGGAACUUUCCUCCACAAGUUAACAGCCAGAGCGAUCAUCAGAGAUUACGAAGAUGGCAUUCUUGGCAUUAGUGAGGCUGAACAUGAGGGAAAGAAAGCAGAGCUGAAAUCCUACAUCACUGACCUCAGUAAAGAGUUUUCCAUCUUGUCCCAGUUUACGAGCUUUGUCGCCAUUGAAGAGAGGGACCAGAAUCUGCUUGACAUUGGAUUCACAGAUAUUCCUAAACUGAUUGCAGAGGAGGAUGUGGAUAUUCUGUCAUAUAUGGGCUGGACUGAACAGCAGCUUGCACAGGAUAAAUCUGAAGAGGAGGUGUUAGAAGCUUGGUCCAGUGACUCCUAUUCUGGAAUUCACUCUCUCCUUGAUAGUACUAUUCUUUCGGAUUUGUCAACGGAAUCAUUUUCAGUAUGUGCAAAACGAAGAGGGAGGAAAAAAAAGACCAGAUCUUCCUUAAGAGUUGCGUCUGCCUUUCGUGAAUCAACUAUGCAGAAUUUAAGAUCCGCAGAAGCAGACAAAAUCCAGCCAAAAUCUGUGGAAACCCACAGUAACAUCCCCUAUGAUGCUGAUGAUCUAGACAUAGAUCUUGUAGCAGUCAGACGUAGUGGUCUAAACUUCUCACUAAAUGCCCUAUGUGAAUCAGCGAGUCCUGAACAUCCAGCUUCUGCAGCUUUUGAGAGUGAAAGCACUCUAUCUCCUCCCUCUCCCAUGAACUUUCAGAGAUCAGUGAUCAGAAGAAAUGUGUCCAGGAAAGAGUUAUCUUCCCCUACUGUCGCGUUUGGCUCCACAAUACUUGCUCCCUCUCCCUCUCGUGCUCAGUCUCGUUUUUCCCGCUUGUGUGACAGUGCAUCUUUUCGCUCCACGGUUGACAGGUGUCUUACUCCAACUCUUGCUACCACAAUGCCUAUACGUCUCCCCAUUUUUCACGGAUCUCCCUCUGUACCUAAUGGCAAGCCUUACACCUCAAUGCUUCCUCUCCCUCCUCCUCCAGCUUUUGUAUAUAAUGACCCUGCACUUGGCCCUUCUCCUAGUCUUAGGAUUUUAGGCCCUGACACUCCUCCUCCAGCCUUUGCACAUGAUGUCCAUACAGAUAUUAUUGGGAUUUGUGACAUUCUUCCUGCUCCUGAGUUUUGUAUGCUUGAAUCUCUUUCUAAAAGAAGGUCUUUCCAAGCUCCCCCACGAAGAGGUGACCAUCCUUCUUCCAGUAACUUAACUUCUGCUAUGCCCAUCCGCCGAAUUGGUGACCAUCCUUCUUCCAGUAACUUAACUUCUGCUAUGCCCAUCCCCCCAGUUGCAAUGGACCUUUCUGUUAGGCCUUCUGCUACGCUCUGCUCCUCAUUUUCAAUUGAGGCAUAUCCUCAGAUACUGGGAAAAAGGAAAGGUAGAGUUCAGUCAGCGAAAACAUGUGAACCACGCACACAUCUCGAUACAGUGGCCUGGGAAAAGCUGUUUGAGCUUCAACAUAAGGAGGGAUACUGGGAAUGCACUGGGAGGCUGAGUAGUUUCCUCAGACUGGACAUAGACUUUUUUGCCAAUGUCUUCCUUAAGGAGAAAGGCAUCUGUUCCUUGGGUGUGAAGGCUCACAUGGACAUUCUGAGACUGGUGGCCACUCUGUUGGUGCUGCAGCUGAUUCGGGUGAAGAAGCUGGCAGAGGGAGAGCUGCUCCAGUCUCUCUUCAAGCUGAAAGAGUCGCAAGGGCCCAGGCCAUUGCACUGGGAGUCAGUGAAGAAGGCAGUAGACUGGGUCUGCUGGGCUGACAGACAGUAUCCAUGUAUGUGCAGCAGGCUCGAGUUGGGCUGGGAUUGGGAAUCAUGCACACGACAGUUACUGGGCUGUGACUCACCACUUCCAUACUCGCCACUUAUUCCUGUUCUGGAGAGGCGUGCGGUUUUAACGAUCAUGUAGAACCUGGUGCUGGGAGAGUCAGUUUAUAGUUUAGCCGUGUGCAUGCAUACCAUUAGAUGUACGUUCUGAUUAUUGUUAACACAUUACAGCACACUCUUUUCGAUUUCUUUCUUUUUUAGGUUAUUGUGCAUUCAUGCCAGAAAGCCUUUAAGUGUAAAUGGAUAUAGUUCACCCAAAAAUGAAUAUUCUGUCAUCAUAAUCACCCUUAUGUUGCUCCAAACCUGUGUGAUUUUCUUUCACAAAGGUAGAUAUUAGCCAACGUUAAUAUGUAUUUUAUUGCAUAUUUUACCAAACAGUAAAAGUGAAUGAUGACAGGCUGGCAUUCUGCCUAACAUCAUUUGUGUUCCUCCAAAGAAAGGGGUGAGCUAUUCCUUUAAGUCAUUUAUUAGUUUAUAUUACUCUUCUUUAUAUUUGCAUAUUUGGUCUUGAGGUAAUAUAAAAGUAAUGAAUACUAGUCAGAUUAUGCUACUUUGCUGUUUUAAAGUACCAUCUCCAUCCCCAGUGUCGGGUAAGCUACACAAAAUAAAAGUUAAUUAAUACAAAUGAUUCAUUACUUCUUUAAAUAAAUUUAUUAGAGUACUCAUUCACUUUACUUUUGAGUUACUUUCUAAAACAUUUUGCAGAUAAUUUUUAGAUUUUCUGCUCAAUGAAUUUUAAAUAAUGUCUGUAUUUCUUUCUUGUUUAUUGUCACACUCCAGUCAUACACUUAGCACUACACAUUUCUCCCUUACACUUGUUUAGGAGGUGCAUGCUUUUCAGCGGUCACAGAAAUGCAAACAGAUAUUAUAUUAACAUAAUUCAUGUUUUUAAUGUAUUCUACAUAAAUAUUAUUGUUUUUGAAAUAUGUAUAACCCAAGCAAUGUACUUAAGUAACUAAUGUACUAAAGUAAUUAUAUUAAUUGAAAGUCAGUAACUGUAAUCUGAUUAAAAGAAUGUAACACUGCAAUGUGUUACACUACUUUUUGACCUAAAAGCAAUUAGAUUACAGUAAUUACUUUAUAAUCAGCAGGGUUGGGGAGUAACUGAAUACUUGUAACGGGAAUACAUAUUUAAAAUAAUAAAUAUAAGUAACUGUCUUCCACUACAGUUACAAUUUUAAUAAUUGAUCAUUAGAAUACAGUUACAUUCAAUAUGUAUUUUGAUUACUGAAGAGAUUACUUUGCAUUUUAUUGUCAUUUAUUUAAUUUAAUAUUUAGUCCUUUCAGAUGGAAAACAUUUAUACAUAUAAAUGAUGUGAUCCAAAGUGCAUUUGAACAGCGGUGAAACACUUUCUUAUGAUGUGUUACAUUCAUACGAGGAGACAGAGUAAGUUUGGAGCAGAAGAAAUAGAAAUAAACCUUGUGUAAAUUGUUAGCUUUACGCUAAGCUAAAAUGCUAUUUCUAGCCAUUUUAUAUGUACUGUUACCAGGAUAAAAACAUAUUUUUUAUCAAGAAUUUAUUUUAAUAAUUUUUUUUCUAGUAAGACCUUUGAUAUUAGGACAAAAGUCAUAUUCUUGAUAAUAUUGUUUGUAUUGUUUUCCUGUAAAAAAAAUAUCUAAAAUCCUUAAAACAAGAUCAAUUUGAUUUAUCUUGUUUUAGAAACAACACAUCAUAAGAUAUUUAGGUUUUUCAGAGAAUGUACAGUACUGUACAAAAGACUUGUAGGAUGUUACGAUGAUUAUUUAUAUCUGCUACUUUAGUGUGUCAAUUGGAAAUAUACAUUUUAUUCUCCCAAGCAUUCCUUUUACAAAUAGAAAAAACUUGUUUUUAUUAUUUGGGAUGGUGAUUAUAUAUUUCGAACGAAUCUAUCACUUUGUGUUUGAAAAAAAAAAAAAA